AUGUCUCAGCUCAACACCACGUUUGAUCCUGACUACGAUUCCUUCCUCAACAUCGAGAAUGAUUUCACACCGGCAACGACCACUCCAGACAUCAAGUCAGUCCCCAUGCUGACCCCUCAAUCAUCCAUCCCAGGCUCUGCAACCUUUGCCACGAGCUCGACUCCUACGACAUUCCCAGGACCCAGCUUUCAGUACGAUCGGUACCAUCAACAGACUGGCAUCCCCAUCGGCGCCCUUGCAAGCACCUUCAACAUCAAUAAAGCCACUGGUUUACAGUACCAUGAGGGAAAUGGAGGCUUCAUUAUGCCCACUGAGACAUUGAACAUGCCUUUGAGCGACUUGGACGAGUUCGACUUCUCCCGCAACUCUGCUGACAUGGACUUUGAGACGGAGUCACCCAAUGGUCUUCCGGCCAUCUUCUACCCUGACGCAGCAUCUCGUCCGGCUCAAUUCAUCAGCCCAACCACGUUGGUGGCCCAAAACAACACCGCCUCUACCCCCGUGAAACGAAUCUAUCCCGGGAUGCACAGCCAGCAGGCUGCUCAGGCCAAGGCCCAGCAAGCUCAAAAGCAGGAACAGAUGGCACGACAACAGCAAAACCCCCCUCAGAGUCAGAAACCACUUCCGGGAUCAGCACCGGCCAAAAGUCAACCGGCGAAGGACCCCCUCGUCGAAGAAAGCAUCUCCAAGGUCUUGAAUCGGAUGAGGCAAGCCAGCGCUGUCUCCAUGUCCGACGAUGACAACUCCCCCGUGACUGGAAUGUCCAGUAUGCCUCGCAUUAAGAAGGACGAAGAUGACAUGGACGAGGACGAACGCCUCCUGGCGAGCGAGGAAGGGAAGAAGUUGUCGAGCAAGGAACGCCGCCAACUUAGGAACAAAGUGUCUGCCCGUGCUUUCCGUUCCAGAAGAAAAGAAUACAUUUCUCAACUGGAAGGAGAAGUUGCCGCCAAAGCCCAAGAGGCCAACGACUUGCGUGCUCAGAAUCAGCAAUUGCGGGAGGAGAACAACCGGCUCACCGACCUUACUCGGAUGCUGCUCUCGUCACAGGCUUUUUCAGGCUUCUUACAGGAGCUCAGCCAGUCCGGGCUGCCACCGCCAAACGUCCAGAGCAACCCUCAGCAGCCCAAAGCUGUUCAAAACAAGCCUCAGCCCCAAUCUCAGCCUAUCAAGAAAGAUGUCAGCUCAGACGAGGCUGCUCAUGGCAUGCAUCUCCGGCAGCCUCAAGUUGGGAUGGCGCUAAUUCCAGACACUCCUGUUGAUUUCUCUGCUCUUCAACCGUCAAAUGGCUGGGUCAACGCUCUUCCCACUAACGACUUUCGAGUCUAUGCUGUCACCAACUUGCCAGAAUUCCCCGUUCUGGAUCUUGAGUCUCUUUCAGGAAAGCCCAAAUCAAGCCACGGCUCAGGUAAAGGCCUAAAGGACACACCUCGCAUUCUCGGCCUCCCGGUCGAACUGGCAAGCUCCACAACAACGGAACCGUCUGAAGUUGAUGAGUCUGUCACUCUCGAUAGAGAGGCCUUUGCAUUAUACUUCAAUUCCUCUCUCUCCCCCGAUGAAUUCUCUGCAUCAGACCACUCGGAUCAGGAUAUGGAACUCUCUGAUGAGGAAAAGGCGGCCAAUUUGAAAUCACUGUGCCACGACCUUGACGAGACUUGUGACAAGCUCGCACAAUACACAUCGCAUAUGAGAUGA